AUGGGCAGAUCAUCCGUCCCCAAAGAAUGGGGUGCGACCAUCCCCGCAAAGACGACCAUAGGGUUUGUCAACGAGGGAUUGUUCUGCUACCGCAACGCUGCCAUUCAAGCCCUUUUGCAUGCCCCGGUGUUCCUGAAUUGGUUGAACUGGUACAAGAAUCACCAUGCACCCAAAAACAAUAUCUGCAUUAUGGGUGAGGAUGGAGGACCCUGUAAGGUCUGCCUCUUCCACGAUCUAUCCACCAGCUACUGGGGCGCCGACGGGGCCGGCACUGUCAAGGCGUUCACUGCUCUUACCGACCAACUGUUCCGAGGGUGGAAGGGAAAAGAUGUAGCUGAAGCGAACUUGCAACAAGAAGAUGCAUCCGAGUAUCGAGAAUCGCGGACUAAUUCGACCAGUCUUCGAGUGAGCUCCGAAGCGAAUCCCAAGGCUCGUACCGUUGAGGACACACUCACGGUGAAAAGCCAGCCAUACACAUCCAUGCUAGCAUGCGCGUUAUGCAAAGGUGAUCAAUCCUCUCGAGAGGUGAUCACAAACCCCCCAGAAAUAUUGUUUGUGCACAUGGAGCGUCUGGGAUUUACCAAAGAAGGACCAGGGAAAAAGACCGAGUAUCCCAUUAAGCUCCAAGAUUUCACGCUUGACAAGAAAUACAACUCACUCAAGGUCGACGUUGAAUAUGAGCUAACCUCGGUCAUCUUGCAUCACGCCAUGUUUGAAUUCGAUCUGGGAGGCCAUUACACCAUUCUUGUAAAAGGCAAGGACGGGGGAUGGACUCAUUUGGACGACGCCAGCAAGCCUGUCAGUAUGACCGGAGAGCAGAUGGCCGAAACGAUGUCAUUCUGCGGAGAUGCCUACGGUUUCACAUUCCGACGGAAGCCUCUCAAUGAGACCGAUCUCCUGAACAACAUGACCGCGACCGUCCAGGCGACUCCCGUGGAGAAACCUCAGCCAUUUUCCGGUUCCGCGGAGGGUGAAAAAAUGAUGGAAUACAUCGGCAAGCUCUUUGAGUAUCAGCGAGCCCAGCUUAGCAAGGACUGGGAUGAUGGUGCCGCAAAGAGAAAGUUAGAAUGGGACACAUGGGCAGAUUCGAGGGAUGCAAAGAGGCAGAAGAAUGACGCAGACGAACUGGAGAAGCUACUUCAGGAAUACGAAGACGCCGAAGGAGGUGAAAAGGGAGCAGAGGGAGGAGAUGACGGCGCCAAUGCAGAUGCAGAUGCAGUUGCCGCGCCUAAAAAAGCAAGCAUCAUCCAGGGCUUGAAGCAUCAUGGCCUUCUUCGAGUUACCCUGACCACACCUAAUGGUUCGAGGCCUCUCGAUCUGACGAUGAAAGGACUGGGUCAAAACAAGGUCCUGCAAGUUCCUCCUAGAAGAGGCGCGGACAGGGUGGCCAAGACGAAAGCCAUUGACAAUGCAACCAAAGCAAGCAGGGCGAGAAAGGGGAGGAAGGGGAAGAAGGGGAAGAAGGGCACGAAGGUAGCCGGAGGUGAUGGUGGUGGUGCUGGAGGUGGUGCUGACGGGGGAGGUGGUGAUGCUGAUGGUGGUGCUGGAGGUGGUGGUGGUGCUGGAGCUGGCGCUGGAGCUGAUGUUGGUGGUGGUGAUGGAGGAGGUGGUGAUGGGGGUGGUGGUGCCGGUGGUGGUGGUGCCGGUGGUGCGUAA